GUGGACGUGAACAACAUCACUAUCUCUUUUUAGACAACAGCUGAAGUCGAACAUCGUAAAAUCGCGGUUAGUUUACGAGGUUUCUCAUUACCCUCAAUAAUGGGUGUCACUGAUUUCCUUGCAGCGCGGUUAUGGCCUCACAGCAACAAAACCAGGACAGUUCCCUCGCAAUAUCACCUGCGCUCAUCGUUGGCAUUGUCAUUGCCGUAUCUUUUGCAACCACGAUCAUCGUGGCUAGUGUUUAUGGUUACUGCCGUAAGAGACGAGAGACUUCUGCCGACGACGAAAUUGGCGAAAACGAGGCACCGAUCUUCAAUCCGAAUCGGGUACGGACAGCAGGACAGACUGCGCGCUUGAAAGAGGUCAGAUGGAUCAACAAUAUGUACGCGUGGGAGGAAGGAAGACAUGCAAAGUUGGAGACCGGAGAGCUACGAAGGGCGACCAUGCUUCUUGGAAAGCAACCUGGUCAAAGUCGUGGUUGGGACGAGUGGAGCAGCAUCGAGGAGCAGACUUCUACCCGUCAUAUCCUUGGAAGAAGCGCUGGUGGCUGUGCGGGAGCGCACCUAAUCUACAACAUCGACGACCCUUACGCAUCUUCUUCACGACAUCGAUUGAGUCAUCAGGCCCUUCCACGAUAUUCAUCCGUAUUGCUUCCUCAGCCAAUUCAGCGCAACUCGAUUCGCAACAGCCGCCUACGACACAAAUAUCAAGAGCAGGGCGAUCUGGAGCCACGAAAGCAAAUCACCAACACAAAUUUCGAAUCAAUAGCGUUGGGACCUAGUCAAGGACGAGAUAGAAACACCCAGAGUCUGACCCCAGACAUCCAAGUUUUCACUCCAAAUGAACCGUAUCCGCAGCCUCCUGUUCUACCACCUUCGCCUGGUUCCAUAGUUUAUAGUGACCAUGAGGGCACGAAUGAGCAUGGACUCGCGGACACUACAACUCUCCAAGCCACAGAUUCGAAAUUGUCCCAGGAUGAGGUCAAGAGCAUGAUACAAGAGUGGGAGAAGGUGAAUGGGCGAUUCGCAAGGACUGCUUGAACCAGAGUACAGAACUUUUUGUAAGGAUAAUCUUACGUUCGACAGCGCCGCCGCACAACCUUUUCACGCGACAAAGUCCAACUGGAGGUCAUGUCCAUUAGUUGCAGCCCUGAAUGGUACCGGGACUCUGGCUACCAUGUGGAAACUUUUUUGCUGUUUGAGGUAUGGAGCUAGGAAGCUCCUGG